UUGUUUACAAUUAUAAUUGCUAAUAAUUGCAAUAUAUUCAUAACUUCUACGUUCUCAAAAUUACGCGAGGUAUCGUUCGAAAGAAAAAAAUGGACUUUGCAAUGGGAUGGAAUCGUUUCAACUUGACGUUACUCGGUGUGUGGCCAGAACCGAGAAAAGUAUCAAGAGGAUCACGAUUACUUUCGAGUAUAAUAUUCUGGUUUACGACUAUUGUGACGUUUACUUUCAUCUGUGCACCACAAACAGCAAAUCUGGUAUUGAAAUCGAGUAAUUUCAACGAAGUAAUUGAAAAUUUAUCGAUUAAUAUACCGAUCGCCUUUGCGUUGUUUAAGCAGAUCGUUCUGCGAUAUUAUAAGAAAGCCCUAACGCUAUUACUCAGCCAAAUGUUCGACGACUGGACCGAGCCAAUAGCAAAUCAAGAUCGUCAAACGAUGUUAAAGAACGCGAAAAUUAGUCGAAUGAUAUCCAUAGUCUGUUCUACUCUAACGUAUUUCAUGCUUCUCGCUUUUAUAUCGCUUCAAAUUUGGAGUAAUAUGCAAAGUGCGUCAGAAGCCGAUCUAGGAGGACUCCUUCAUCCAGCCACGUUCCCUUACGACACCAACAAGAGUCCAAAUUUCGAAAUCACAUGGCUGGGACAGUUUAUAGGCACGAUGUUAGCCGGAAUAUCCUUUUCUUGCUUCGACACGUUCCUUGCUGUUCCUGUGAUACACUUGUGCGGUCAAUUAACUGUUCUUAGAAUGGCACUCGAGGAUCUAGCUAACACGACGAAGAAAGAUAAUAAUUACGCAAGAUUCCAUGAACGAUUGGGAUUCAUUGUGAACAGGCACAAUCUGUUAUCUAGGUUUGCCGUGAUGGUGGAAGAUUGCUUCAAUCUCACGUUACUUGUUCAGACUAUAAUCUGCACAACGAUGUUUUGUCUUACUGGAUAUCGUAUGAUAACUUCCGUAGAUCAGGAGCAAGCGGACGUACGAAUAGUUGGAAUGAUAUUUUUCAUCAUACACGUAAUUUAUACUAUGCUGCAUCUUUUCAUUUAUUGUUAUGUAGGAGAAAUGCUUCUAGGGGAAAGUACCGGUGUUGGACAAUCAGCAUACGAGUGCAAUUGGUACGAUUUACCACCGAAGUACGCCAUUUCACUAAUUAUCGUAAUAUGUCGCGCGAAAGUAUCGUUUCAAAUAACAGCUGGAAAAUUCAGUCCCUUCUCCCUCGAACUCUUUAAUGCUGUUCUAAAAACGUCUGCUGGAUAUCUUUCAGUAUUGUUAGCCAUGAAGGAUUGACUGGUCUAAGAAAAGUAA